AUGGAGACAGCGCUGACCGCGUGGGCCGACGCUACAGCACCGGUUGACGUAUCGAAUGUGCAAAAGAAUCGUCUGCUCUAUACAUCGGUGUGUGAAAAUGUCGCUUUGGCGCGUACAUACGGUCAGAAUAGCGGAACAAAAGACGAAGACGAUGAGCGAUACCACUGCCGUCCUUGGGACCACGCGCAUUUCCUCGCUCGCGUGAGGAGCUUCUGCACGUCUUGGUGGUUUGCUAAGCCACGUGAAAUCAUUUCUCUCGAGUGUGCGCGUCAUGGAUGGAGCAACUCGGGACCUGAUGAGUUGCAGUGCAGUUGUUGCAAGCAGUUUUUGUGCUUUCGGCUGGACAGCAAAUUGAGUGCAAAGGGCGUGCUGACAGUGGUACAGACGUUUGCUGGUCAGCUCGUCACGGGCCACACGGAACUCUGUCCUUGGCGAGGCAAUCCAUCUCCCGAAUCAUUCAUGACGCUUCCGAUUGCGACGAAGCGACAAGUGUUUGAAGCAUUUAUGGACCGUAUGCGGAUCGAAACGACAAAAAUGCAAAGCGACGCUACGUUUGAGAAGCGAAUGGUUAGUGUCAGCAUUGCUGAUACGAUAACCUCCCGGAUAUCGAGCGAAAUGAGUGGGGAUGAAGACAUCGUAGUUGAUUUGAAUGGCUCGGUAUGGGCGUCGAAUCUUGUGGCGAAACUGGAUCGGCAAGACAACGGACUAGUGGACACGAAAGCCUUCGUCAAUGCUGCACUAUUGAUUGUGUGUGGAUGGAAGUUUGACGAAAAGGACGGGGCAAAAGCAGACAUGCUUGUAUGCAGUUUUUGUGAGCGGCAAUGGUCGGCUUUUGCGAAGACGACAAGCGGGGAAGAUGUUGGGGAUGGAGAGCCUCCGGCGAAGCGUUUCAGGACCGAUGUUGAUUGCAGUGUGGAUCUACUAUCACAGCACCGACACUUUUGUCCGUGGAUUGUCGAGCGAAAGUCUACCGAUGUCAAUGACUUUUAUGGGAUCGAUGCGCAAUUUGUCAAGCUGCCAGGAUGGAAGCAGUAUGCUCAGGCUUUGGUCUUUCUUGGCAAAUCGGACGACAAUGUUACCAAAGUUACUGACGCGAGUGAUGCGAGUGAAAAAAGAGCGAUCGAUCCGGUGCAAGCUCUAGCGACAGUGCAAGCUCUUCUUGGCGUGUAA